ACAAUCACAAAAAUGCAGUCCACAAGAUCAGAACCUUACAUCACUGCUGUCCUCCAUGGCGCGCAAACAGAACUCGACCUCUCUGGCAGUAAUUCAUUCAGCCUGACCAUCUCCCUCACCCUCCACGCCGAAGCUCCUGUCAUCUGCUACCUUGGUGAUGACGAUAACUUCUUUGUCUCGGACAACGCACUAGCUGAUGUAGGCAUCGUACUUUUGAGCUCAGAAUCCGGUCUUCACCUCAAGCCCAACAUCCCAAUCACCUUUGACAUUCCUUUCAACGGGUCCAAGCAAAAGCAGGGUGAUAGCAGCUUCGACAUACGUCUUUACAUGGUCGCUCACGGGUUUGAGACUGGCGGCACCUACGAGGCUGCGCUUCAGACCGGUCGCAAGAUCUUCUGGUGGAGAUAUGCGAGCUUUUGGGAGACUGAGGGACAGCAACGGGAAGUUUCUGCCAUUACAGCUGGGGUGAGAGCUGCAGUCAAAUCCGCUGUUUCGUGGUGGACGGGUGAUAAGGAGUGCGAACAAGGCGUGCCCGUACUGCCUCGAGAACAACAAAUGCCAAUCUAUAUCGAGGGCGAAAAUGUUGUCUUCUCUUGUGUUGGAAAGCUGAUGGAGUGGCCGAUACCAGACGAGGAAGCAGAGAGAAAAAUGGCCGGAGAAAGAAGAGAAGUCAAGGAAAAGAGGAGCGAGCUCGCACGGGUGCCAUAA